GCGAUCGAGCAAUAUACUGCACUGCAACCUUUCGCGCCAUAUCGAACACCCACGUUCUUCGACAGACGCUUCACGUGCAAGAAAGUAUUGGCUGUAGGAAAGCGUCUCCCACUGCGCCGGUCACUGAGCGAAUAGAAGCCAAUCCCAAGUGAAGAGCCUUGCGAUAGAAAGACAAAAUGCCAACUCAAAGACCAUUCCUUGCCAACUUCCUCGCCGCUUUCCGCGCACAACCAUCACAAUUACCGAAAGCGGCACCCUCAAUAUCAACCUCCGCGGCCGUAGCAUCAACGGCGACGAUAUGGACUUCGGCUACACCAGCAUCGCGACCGCAACAGUCACCGACAACCGAGGUCUCAACAAGCAGUCCGCGACCCAUCAAUCCGAAAGCCAAUCCGUACAUAACCCAACAGCAACAGCAACAACAGGAUCGAACAUUACAGCAUAUUGUUAGCCCGCAGACGCACCUUCCGCGAUCGCCGCCGUCGCCGGGACUACCGGUCUACGGACCAUCCAACAAGCCCCAGCCUAGCUUCCCGACUGUGCAAGAAGCGCGACGAGCACGAAGAGGCAGCGCGAGCAGCUCGGAUUCGGGAGGCUUCCGCGAAGUUCGUAUGGUUGGCGGGGAGAAGUUGUUCAUCGGUGGCCGGACUGCUACUGGCGAGGAGAGGUAUUAUAAGCUUGGUAUGGUGCGGAGGGAUAGGAGUGAAGAUCGGAUCUCGGCCGAUCAACUGAGUUUAUGA